AUGGAAACCCUGGAGCCCACAGCCCUAAACCCAAGGAGGGUGCAUGCCUUACGCAAGAACCCCAGAGCUCACACCUGUGGACCCGGGGAAGGCACACGCUUAGCAGGAGACCCGAAGCUUGCACCUGUUAACCUGGGGAGAGUGCGCUUGGGAAGGCUCGGAUUCCACAUCCAGGGCCCUGCAGAGAGGUGCUGGCUGGCUCGGGCUCUGGGGAGAUUACCUGCGAGGCUGACUGAACAGGAAGGGAAAAAAGAGAAACCAAUCACCCCUCAAUCUGCUGUAGCCAGCAAGACCAGAAAAACCAGUUUGGCCAGUUCAACACCAAUUUUAUUUGAUGCAGAAAGGAAAUUGUACAAGCAGAUGUAUAAACCUGUGGCUGGCUCCUCAUGCCAGGAGAAUGGUGCAAGCAUGAUUCUCCAGGACAUUGCAAGAGCCAGAGAGGACACAGGGUCUUGUGGAGACCACAGAGAGCUCAUCAUCCAGAUCACCAGCCUGGAGGUGGAGAACCAGUGCCUGAGAGGUACAGAACCUGCAGCAGUCCAUCUCCAAGCUGGAAGCCAACUGAGUGUGCUGGAGAUGAGCAUGCCCACCCACUGGGCCACAGCCCCACAGACCCAGCAAGUGUCUCCCGUGUGCCAAGAGGAGCCCCCCACCAAGAAGACAGCUACCACCGCGGAGGAUAAUGAGGACGAUGACACUGACCUGUGUGUCAGUAAUGAGGAAGAUGACAAGGAGGCCAUCAAGCUGUGGGUGGAAUGGCUGCAGCAGCACACAGAGAAGAAGGCCAAGAAGCCUAUACUGGCAGCCAAGUCCUCCAUCCUCCUGGAUGUUGGGCCCUGGGAUGACGAGAUGGACAUGGCCCAACUGGAGGCCUGAGUGUGCUCUGCCCAGCUGGAUGAGAUGACCUGGGUGUACUCCAAGUUGGUGCCAGUGAACUAUGGCAUCCUUAAGCUGCAGAUCCAGUGUGUGGUGGAGGAUGACAAGGUAGGGACCAACGUGCUAGAAGAGGAGAUCACCAAGUUUGAGGAGCAGGUGCAGAGUGUUGACAUUGCUGCUUUCAGCAAAACCUAG